CUUCACCCGUCGACUGAUAUCGGAAAAGCACUUUUGGGGGGAAUUCAACGCUUGGCUAAAGAGGGAGAGCAGGCGCUGAAGGAUGAGCUUAAGAAAGUGCCCCCAAUACGAACUCGACCAAAAUUCUUGAUGGUAAACAUUGCCGUAUCGGACACUAUACUCACAAUCAACACAAUAAUACCGCGAUAUAUACUCAUUAAAUACUACAUUGACAUCGACGGCAAGCCUACAGCUGCAGCUGUAAUCAUACAAUCGGUGCACAACUAUUUGGAUAAUCUUACAUUCACAACUGUCCACAUAUAUGGCAUUUGUAGUAAUUUUAUCGGACCUGCACUUUUGGUCACGUGGUAUACGACACAAAUCAUUUACGAGCUAACAGUCGGAUAUCGCAAAUCUGUUGAAAGGCUGCAAUCAAAUGGCUAUAAUCUAAUUACGAUUAAGGCUAUUAGACUUUUGGUGCACUCGCCCUGUGGUCUAACCCCCGGUUACUCUCAAUUAUACUUAACUUUCCGAACGUGUAAUUCAUUGAAUUCAAUCAUUUUCUUUUGGAUGAGCUCUGAAUUCAGGCAACAAUUGAGGAAUUAUUGGCAGAAAUAUCCAUCCGAUCGACCCUUUGGUAAUUUAACUAAAGGGCGUCUCUUUGAGUCCAUGUUUCACAUAAAUCGAGUAUUUGGUGUCCUUUUCUUCACUGCUCUCUACGCAUCGGAAGCGAUGACAAUAAGAGAGUCAAACGACGACCCGAUAAAAGAGCACCUCUUGAAGGAAGUGUCAGACAUUUUAGACGAGACGAAGAAAGCGAUCGACACUUUGGCGAAGACAGGGAAAGAGGCGCUCAGAAAUGGGUUGACUAAAGCCAUUGCAAUCGCCAAAGAGUUGGACACAAAAGUGAAAGCAUUAAAACCCGAGACUGAUUUGGGAAAAGUGUUGCUCAAAGGCGUCGACAACUUAGCACUUGAGGCCGGCGUUUGGUUUGAGUCGGAGCUGAAGAAAGUGCCGCCAAUGGAGUCAAUGGAGACCAACGAAGACAUCNGGCAUUUGCGGCAAUUUUCUUGGGCCCACACUUUUGGUCACGUGGUUUACAACACAAAUCAUACGCGAGCUCUCGACCGA